AUGGAUGCCGUCAUUGACUCGCUCGUGUCAUCGUCAGAGCCGGACUGGAAGCCGAACGUCGCCGUUGUUAUCAUUGACAUGCUUGUGCGCCGUGGAUUCGUUCGACCCGAAGAGGAGGGCUAUGUGGAGCUCGUGCAUGAUGCCGGGUCGUUGCCUGAGAAGAGAAGAGCAACAGAUGGGUCGGGAAUGAACGAGGUCACGAAUGGUGUUGCCUUCAGCGCAGUCGUGGCUACGAAGGACUCCAUCCGCACCAAGGACUACACCAAUCCGAACAUGAGGUACGUCGCAGCGGAGUCCAUUGCAAGCGACCGGAUCCUCAUCACUUUGCAGGUGGAUGAAGGUGCAAUGGUUUGGUGCGCCGCCUGGAGCACCGAUCCGGCUUUCACCGACUCCUUGGAUGCAGAGACGAAGAUCAAGAACGAGGAUGCCAACUGCCAGGAUGGGCGAGGCAAUCAGUGCGGCACGUUCUGGGUCUACGACCUGGAUGACAUUGAAGAUGCGGAUUCGGAUGGCGUUAAUUCCCGAGCGGACUAUGACGACAUCUACAAAUGGAAGUUCAAUCAGGAUGUGGACAUCAUUGUCUCUGGUCUCCAGGAGGAGACGGAUUAUCCCUUCAUCUACUGCUUUGCAGAAGAUGACGAGGUGCCUCCGAACGGGCCGAACAAAAUGAUCUUCGACAGCUCUGCUAGUGGUUCCGACAACAUGCAUACCAUGCAGCAGGAAAUUGGCACCGUGCAAACCUUGGACGAGUCCCCACCAAUCUUCACGAGGUUGCAGAUUCCAGACCCAACAGCCGUCAACAACCAGAUCGUGGUUACGUUCAAGCUCAACGAGGCGGGCACUGCGUACUGCCGGGCCAAGAGGAGCGACUCGGCCGAGCCAACGUUGCACAUCAAUCAGAUCCUGUCCGCAGACUUCUCCCAGGAAAUCUUCGAUCCCGUCAAUGACGUGGGGACGAUCACGAUCACAAGUCUGGAGGCGCGCGAUCCCUCCAGUGUGCUCUACGAAGCCUCCCAGUACGACGUGUACUGCUGGGCUAAAGACAGUGCUGUGGACACGCAUGGCUUCGCACGUCCCAACUACAUGUCCCAAAGCACGGUGGAGACGGCGGUUGGAGCCGAUGUCAACAACCCGUCUGGAGGGCUCACGGAGAAUGUCUGGAUCACAGACACUACGCCGCCAACCAUCAUCGUGGUAUCUCGUGAGGCCUUGGGCGAAUCACACAUCCAGGUCACCUUGCAGCUCAACGAGCCUGGCACUGUGUGGUGCCAAGUGGCAGAUCAGGACGGCUCCCCGACUGGCACGAGAUAUUGCCAGAACAGCGCGAUCGACUUCCUGACGUCCUCGGACCCGUGCUACUAUGAAACAUGGAUUCAAGGUGUCAAUCGUGGGGGUUCCGACUCUACCGUUUUCAUGGAGGAGGUGCAUGUUCCGUACCAGGACUUCGACAUUGACAUGACCCGCAUUGAGAAGGUCACGGCCACUGUCGCUGGAGAGGCCAUGGUGGGCAAUUACUUCUACUACGUCUGGUGUUUCGCCCAAGAUGACUGGGUGAACCAGGCUCCGACGCCCUCACCUUCGCCGUCCUUCGUAGCGCCUGUGAAUCCCAACAAGGUCCAGCAGGCCCACAUGACUGCAGUGAACUUGGCCAUCGGGCAGGUGACAACACUCGACCAGACACCACCUACGUUCACAGGAACUCCAGUGAGCGCCGCUCUGUCCGAAACCUCAUUGCAGAUCACGCUCGGCUUGGACGAAGCAGGCACCAUCUGGUGCAUGCCUGUGCGGUCAACCUUUGCCGAGCCAAGCAUAAACGAGAUUCUCCAGAACAACGAAUACGACGUCGACUGCUUCACCGCCGCUUGCACGGUCACCAUGGCGAAUCUCGAUGCCAAGACCUUGUACGACAUUUGGUGCUACGCGGAGGAUGACAAUGUCUAUCCGCAAAUUCCCAACGGCCAGAAGUUCGUCGCCGGUGAUGUGGUCACCCUGAGCACUCAGGACACAACUCCGCCGGUUCUCACCAUCGUCUCGGCCGAGUCGCCUAUCAGUUCGGAUAUCCGGAUCAAGGUCAAGAUGGACGAGCCAGGAACAGUGUACUGCAACUCCUUCCAAUCGUCAACAGCCUAUGGCACGCCAACCUUUGCAUCUGUUGCUGGUGGCGGCUUUCAGUCGUACGUUGGCUUCCCACUGCUGUCGCCGAACAGUCCAGUGAACACCAAUGUGGAGGUUGUUGUCUCUGGCUUGAAUGAGUUGACGCUUUACGACACGUACUGCGCAGCGGUUGAUGCUUCCACCCUGCCGACGGUCAACGAGAUGACACAGGCUUCGAUUCUGAACACCUUCCCAGCCAUAGGCCAGCUCACGACCCUGGAUCAAUCGCCUCCUGUCUUCACCGAGCUCGGUGCGAAGGGCACCACGGAGAACAACAUCCAGGUUACCUUCAAGUGCAACGAGGCCUGCAGGGCUUACUGUCGUGUCACUCGAAGCGACUCCGGCGAGACGAGCCUCAGCGUCAACCGCAUCCUCAAGGCCGACUACUAUGCGGACCAGACCGGAGGGGCAGGGCUCUCUGCAACGAUCGACCUGGCGCGGUUGGAGAACGACGUCAGCUUGGACCUGCUUGACCGGGGCACUCUGUACGACGUCUACUGUUGGAGCCGCGACGAAGCUGUUCAGUACUCCUGCUACGCGCAGGCGCCGAGUGCCUCGUGUACGACCUACCCCAGGAACAACUACCAGGACCAAACCUAUGUCGACACCGCCUUCGGCGGGACACCGCCGGCGACGGUCACCAACGGGGCGGGCCUGCCAGGAGGGAAGAUCCUGCAUGUCAGAACUCCAGACACAACGCCGCCCACCAUCACUUUCGUGGAAGCGGAGUCGACGGAGGAGUCCUCCAUCACCGUUACGCUUCAGCUGGAUGAGCCAGGGACAGCGUAUUGCAAGGCCUACACCACCACGCAGACAGUGGAUGCUGCACUUUACACCGCACUUAUCACAGCACCCGUCUACAAGAACACCGUCACAAACUGGAACAACAUUUACAAAAACUUCGACAUCAAGGUCUCUGGCCUCACCAUGGAAACCAAGUACUUCGUCUACUGCGCAGCAGAAGACGACGAGCUCGUGGAGGGUGCCACCACCAUCGACCCAGCACCUGUUUCGAACAACGAAGCCUUGCCGGUGCUCGUUGAAGCGACAGGCCGCUUCACGUUGGAUUUGACCCCACCGAUCAUCACCGUCGUCUCAAUCGCCUCCAACAGCGAAACGACGGCGACCGUGACGUUGCAACUGGACGAGCCUGGAACAGCUUGGUGUACAGCUGUCCGGGACCAGUUCACACCUCCAAGCAUCAACCAGAUCAUCGCGGCAAGCUUCUCUUCGACAGUGCUGACGGCAGCCACGGACUUCACGGUCCAGGUUCAGAAUCUUAUCCGCGACACCGAGUGA